AUGCAGUCUCUUCCCCAGCCUUCCUCUCUCUUCAAGGAGAAAAAGUCCAAAAUCCUCCAACAACUCGCCGUUCCAGACACAGAAUAUUCCGACCUCUCACCCAAAGGCUCCGUGGAUGAAGGCAUCCGUUAUCUCAUCGAUGAGAUCAACACCGCCGAGGGAUUCGUGACGACAAGCAGCUGCGCCGGGCGUGCGAGCGUCUUCCUUGAAGGCAGGAAAACAAGGGCAGCAGAGGGAGAGAAUGGGGAGCAUGAGCAGGUUGCGAGAGUAGGUGGCAAAGGGGCGGGAGGGACGUGGCUGUAUGUCUCUCAUGAUGCUUGGAGUGGUGAGGACGCGGCACAUUUGGACUGGAUGAAGAGUCUAGGAUUUUCGGAUGUGGACGAAAUUGAGCUUCUAGAUGAGAGCCUUGGGGAGAGGAGGCUCAUACACUUCAAGUUUGAGCCCAUGAUCCUUCAUGUCCUAACUGCAUCACCUGGUCACGCCCAACUUCUUCUGCGCUGCGCCUUACAAGCUGGCUUCCGCGAGUCCGGCGCCAUCAACAUAACUUCUCCCUCCAGCGAGCAAACCACACCCAUGGUAGCCAUCCGCUCAAUGGGUCUAAGCCUCGAGUCCCUCGUCGGCUACCAGGACCUGGACGGACAGCGCCGACAAAUAGUCCCUGCAGGAUACUUCAAGAUGCUUCUCCAGAUAUCGAAUGAGCGCUUCGUCGAAAACACAAAACGCAUUGAGAGGUUCCGGUCUGCAUUCAAGGAUGCCGUGCUGGAGCCACAAGCGUCGAGUGUCCCCAAGAAGCUGAACCCCGAGGGCAAGGAAUGGGAAGAUGCGGCUGCUAGACGAGAGAGACUGCGGGCAGAAGGCCUGAGGAGAAAGGCUGCGCUUCAGGCUGAGAAGCCCAGCCCAGCGGUCCAGGAUAUAGACGUUGAACUGCAGAUAGAUUCUCCCUUUUAG